AAGUGAGACAGGGUUGACGGCUGUUCCACCUAGCACCUGGUGGCAAUGCCUUGAGGAACCCCUCCGGCGUGCGUACACCUCGCAUAGCAGCAGCAGCAGAUGAGGAGGGACGUGGCUCCCCCAGUGUGGAGUCCCACUCACCCUCUUACAAAAUCCCAGCGGCAGGGACAGGGUGCAGCCUAGCAGGGGUGGCAGCAUGGGGGACUCUGAAUCAGAGUCCACCUUGCACAACAACUCACUGUGGUGGCUGGCAUGUGGGAUGUUAGCCCUGUUGGCCAACUCUUGGAUUAUCCUCAGCAUCACGGCCAAACAACAGAAACACAAGCCCCUGGAGCUGUUGCUAUGCUUCCUUGCUGGGACCCACAUCCUUAUGGCAGCAGUACCCCUCACCACCUAUGCCGUGGUGCAGCUGCGGCGUGAGUCCUCUGACUACGACUGGAAUGAAAGCAUCUGCAAGGUAUUUGUCUCCACAUACUACACCCUGGCGCUGGCUACCUGCUUCACAGUGGCCUCCCUGUCCUACCACCGGAUGUGGAUGGUGAGAUGGCCAGUUAACUACCGGCUGAGCAAUGCCAAGAAGCAGGCUCUGCACGCAGUCAUGGGUAUCUGGAUGGUAUCAUUCAUCCUCUCCACCCUGCCCUCCAUCGGCUGGCACAACAACGGCGAGCGCUACUACGCCCGUGGCUGCCAGUUCAUUGUCAGCAAGAUAGGGCUGGGCUUCGGCGUCUGCUUUAGCCUCCUGCUGCUUGGAGGAAUCGUCAUGGGCUUGGUGUGCGUGGGUAUCACUUUCUACCAGACCCUGUGGGCACACAGAAGACGCCGGCGGUGCCGCCAUCAGAGGGCAGAGGAAGCGUCAUCCUGCUCUUCAUCAGCACACACUACUUUCAAUGUGCCGGCCAUUGUAGUGGAGGAUGUACGAGGCAAAAGGAGGUCUUCACUGGAUGGCUCUGAGUCAGCCAAGACCUCCUUGCAGAUGACCAACCUCAUCAGUGCUAUUGUCUUCCUGUAUGACACACUCACUGGGGUGCCUAUCUUGGUCGUGAGCUUUUUUAGCCUGCGCUAUGAUACGGCCCCCACCUGGAUGGUCCUGGCUGUGCUCUGGUGCUCCAUGGUGCAGACCCUCCUGCUCCCCUCCUUCAUCUGGUCCUGCGAGCGCUACCGAGCAGAUCUCCGCACCGUGUGGGAGCAGUGUGUGGCUAUCAUGUCUGAGGAAGACGGAGAUGAUGAUGGUGUGUGUGAUGAUUAUGGUGAUGGCAGGAUAUGCAAAGUGAGAUUUGAUGCGAACGGUGCUGCAGCUGUGAAGCGGGACUCCCGGGACAUCAAGCUGCUACCCAUGCACCACAUGUUGUUGCCCCAGGACAAGGUGCACUACCUGCAGGUCCCUAUCUCCCGGAGAAUGUCACAUGAUGAGACUAACAUCUUCUCCGCCCACCGCUCCGCUCCAUCCUUCCUACACAAGUGGUCUUCAUCUGACGACAUCCGCAUUUCCACCCCCCGCAAGCCUGGAGGCCCUGGCUUCUUGCCUCCUCAGCUGCAUGACUACCAGCACCGCCGGCGGCCCCCAGAAGAUGAGCUGACGACCCUACGGCAGUUUUUGGAGGGGGGGCUGAUGCCCCGGGGCUCCAGCUCCAGUGCCUGCUUCUUCCGAGAUGAGAUCACCACGUUCAUCGACGAGACACCACAACCCACCCCAGCCUGCAGCCCACGGCACUCCCGUCUCCCGCUCGCAUCACGCCACGAUCGCCGCCUCUCCCUUGGCAGCAGAGAGGAGGAGAACGCCGACCGGCCACGGCGCUGCUCCUUGAGUGGCAACGAAGCCUGGCAUCUGCAGGACGGAGAGCAGGCACCGCGCGAAAGGACCCUUGAGGCCUGUGAGACACAAACCUUCCAGGAUCCCAAACUAUGAGAGACAGCAUCAAAAACAUUCAGUGCCAUCACGAUUUUUAAAUAAAACUUCAAGUGUUCC